UCCCCUCCCACUGGGACCCCUCCUCCCCUCCCCCCAGGGACACACAAUCCCACACAGACGUAGUACAGGAGUCCCCCAGCCUGGUAUGCGUGUGACGUCACGGUAGUGUGCGUGCCCAGGUGCUGUGUGAGGGCAACAAGUCGGGAGACGGAGUAACGGGAAGGCCAUGGAGUUGUGUGACGGGAGAGAGAGAAGUUUCUGAAGUGUCCCGAGAGGUUACCUGCAGUCUCUAACUCCCAGCAUGGGACUCUAUGGUAGUUUGGCAGCGGGUGUAUAUGUUCUGGGAGUGGUUUUGUCCAGCAGCCGGCUACACACACUAGCAGCUUCUUUUUAUGGCGAAAGCUUUGUUGAGCUUAAAACGGCGGAAUCUUUUUCCAAGUCAAGUCUUCAUUUUAAAUUUCGCACUAGCAAGCCAAAUGGGUUACUAUUUCUUGCAGCUGGGAAGAAACAAUACAGUAUAAUUGAACUACACUCGGGACAUGUCCAGGCGAAAAUUGAUUUUGGAGAAGGUGAACAAAUCUUGCUUCUUAAGAAUGGACCUCGAGUAGACAACUUGGAGUGGCAUGUGGUUGACCUACAUCAUGAAAACGCAGAUGUUGUUCUAAGUGUUGACCAACACUUAAAGUCUAGUAUACAAGUUGCUGGAGGAUCGCAGGAGUUUAGUGUUCAUUAUGGUCUCUAUAUUGGAGGAUUCAAUGAGCUGAAUGUUCCUUAUGCAAAAAUAUUGCCAAAUCACUUCAGAGGAUGUUUAGAUGAGGUUGUGUUUAAUGAGCAAGAACUACUUUCAUCCCUCAGGCCUUAUCCGGGAUUAAAAAAUGUUCACGAAGUAUCCCUAGGGUGCAGUGAUGAAUUUUUUGUGAGUGAAGAUGACCCUGUCAGCUUGUUCAGCUCCAAAUCCUAUGUAGCAUUCCCUUCAUGGGCUCUUGAAGAAGGAGGAGUCUGGGAAUGUUUUCUCCAGACCUCAGCUGGAAAAGGAUUGCUAUUGUAUCAGUCAGGAAGUGUUGGGGAUUUUAUAUCUCUAGAAAUACAAGACUAUAUAUUAAAAGCCCAUCUUAGAAAAGGAAACAGUUUAAUUCAGAUUUCUACUUUGAAUCUCAUGUCUGAACAUAAGUGGCACCACAUUAAGCUUAAACUUAAUGCAAGGCAUUUUCACCUGACUCUGGAUGAGGAGACUGUAAAGGCCUCCUUAACGUUUCACUCAAAAACGGCUCAGCUUAAUGGUCCUUUGUUUGUCGGUGGGGUAAAUGAUGCCACCCGAAAAGUACUGACCUCCAGCCUAAGUACUGUUUCUGGGAAGCAUGCAAAAGUUGUCUCGUUUAAAGGCUGCAUAAAGAACAUAAAGGUGAAUUCUGCAAAGUUUGGCUUAAAAAAUGCUUUAGCUAGUAAAGAUGUUUCGCCUGGGUGCAAAACUGAAAUACUGUUAACUACAUCCCCAUUAAACAAAGCUGGUGAAACCCAUCGGAACACAGCAGCACCUUCAACCAGUCUUGUCACCAGCACAACAGCAGCCCCCAAAAAUAAUGCUAAACAUAGUUUCAUUGUGCUGAAUAACUUAGUAGUUCAAGAGGGUGGCAGAGCACCAUUGCAAUCUAAGCAUAUCAAAUUAAAUCUGGAUUUUAAAAAGCUGGGUGUCCGUCAGUCACAAAUUAACUUUAAAGUAAUGGAAUACCCACAGAGCGGUCAAUUAAAAAUAGAUGUUCCGACAACACAAAAUAAAGAUACGUUCACAAUGCUAGAUCUCUGGCAUGGAAGAAUCACUUACAUUCAUGAUGGAUCAGAAGGAACAAAUGAUAAUUUUACCUUUACUGUUACAGCCACCAGCAAAAAUGAGAUUCCCUCUUAUUUAGAUGGGACGCAGCAGCAUGUGUUCAGUAUUACUGUAACACCAACAAAUGAUGCUCCAGAACUUUCCCUGCCAGAAGGCAAUCUGUUUGCUUUACUCGAAAAUUCAAAAAAACGCCUUCCUGCAAAUCUGCUUAAGGUUUCAGACGUAGACACAGAUCCCCAGAACCUAAAUUUUGUUUUGCUCGGUAACCUCAAUGCAGACGCUGGGUACAUAGUAAAUGGGAAGGAUGCAGGAAAAUCAAUUGCUACGUUUUCUUACUCUGAGCUGCUUGAUGGGAAUAUAUUCUACGUCCACCAUGGUGUCAAGAAUUCCAGACUUGUUCUUCGAGUAAGCGAUGGAGACAAAGUCAGCAACACGGUGGUACUUCGUAUCUUAGCUGUUCCUCUAGAGUAUAAAGUAGUCAACAACACUGGAAUUGUUGUGACACAGGGAGAAAGCUCUCUAAUUCUAACCAGUAAUUUGGGGGUGGAUACCAAUGCUGAGAACCAAGACAUGGAGAUUAGAUACGACGUUAUGGAAUUGCCACAGUAUGGUCAGAUCCAGAGGCGGAGUGUUGGAAAUGAAUGGAGGUCUACAAAUUCAUUUACACAAAGAUCCCUUGAGCGUGAAAGGAUACGAUACUUGAGUACGUUUAAUGAAGUACAAGAAAUGGAUCGAACUGAAUACUUUAAGUUUAAAGUUAACAUUGCAAAUAAAUCCAGUGAAGAAUAUCGGUUUCCUAUUACUGUUCAAUGGCUCAAGUAUACCUUGGUCAACAAUUCUGUUCUUACUGUUGAAAACAGAAAACUAUUGACUCUCACCACUGAUAAUCUAUAUGCCGUUGUAACAGGAAUAUCAACAGUGGAGAAAGAUAUAUAUUUUAAGGUAUUGUCCCUUCCUAAAAAAGGCAGGAUUCUUGUUAAUAAAAACAAUCUAAAGGAAAAUGGCAUGUUCAGCCAAAUAGAUAUAGCAGAUUUGAAAGUACAAUAUGAAUUAACUGAUCAGCCUCGUCAAGACUCCAAUGAUUUCUUUAGCUUCAGCUUGUUCACCAAACACGCAGAAUCUAAACCAUACAGGUUUCAAAUAAACAUAAAGGCUGACUUGAACAGCAUUUUCUUGACAAACAAUGGUCUCUUUUUAGCCGAAGGAGACACAAAGCUUAUAACUAGGGAGGAGCUCUUUGUGCAAACUCUGAAUAACAGGACUUUCACUUAUAAAGUUCAAAAAAGCCCUCAACAUGGAAAGCUUAGGCUUAUAAAUUUUUCCGAUUCGAUCCUGAGCAACGAUAACAUCACUUCAUUUUCCAGUCAGGAUAUUCUUGGGGAACGUCUCAUGUAUGUUCAUGACGAUACAGAAACAACAGCAGAUUCGUUUACAGUUCUAGCCACAUCUUCGUCUUCGCAACACGAAAGUCCUUUUGGAGACAAGGUAACUGUAUAUGCAGAAGUACUUUUUAAUAUAUCAGUUGAACUAAAGAAUGACGAGAAACCCAAUCGUGUUGUGGACAGACUUUUUCAUGUUGUUCGUAAUGGUCAGAGACUUGUGACACUGGAGGAUCUCUGCUAUCAUGAUCCUGAUACAGAUUUUAAUGAUGGUCAGUUAUUAUAUACAAGGCGUGGUAUUCCAAAUGGUGAUCUGGUGUCCGCUAAUGAUCCUUCCAUAAAACUUUACCAGUUCACUCAGGAAGACUUGGAAAAGAAACGUGUCUUGUUCAUGCACCAAGGAAGCGAUUAUGGAAGAUUUGUUUUAUUUGUAACAGACGGCAAACAUUACACGUCAUCUCUACUGGAAGUGAGCGCAUCCGACCCCUAUGUAAAAGUAGUCAAUAACACUGGUCUUUUGGUACAGAAAGGAAAGGAACAAAUAAUAACCACAUCUAAUGUUAGUAUUGCUACAAAUGUAUAUAUUGACAGUUACAAGGAGAUUGUGUACAAUGUAGCAUCUUCACCAAAACAUGGGAAAAUACUGGUUCAAGGUUUGGCAGCAGAAUCCUUUACCCAUCUCAAUAUAAAAAAUGGCCAGGUGACUUUUCGGCACGAUGACAGCAAUAAUCUGCAGGAUGCAUUCAAUCUGACUGCUAAAUUGAAGAAUAUUGCUGUAAAUGUUGAAAUGAAAGUGCGUGUGUAUUUGGAAAGCCAUCAACGCCUGCCAACUGUUUUGAACCUCAACAUCAUUGUUGUGGAACAGGGGCGACCAGUUAAAAUUGAUGAACGGAAAUUACAGGUUGUACAUGAGGAUAACUUGCCAAAAGAGAUGGUUUACUCUGUAAUAUCGCCUCCAUCACAUGGCUACAUACGCAAGUUUGAAUCUGCAGAGGGUUACUUAACUGCGGAGAAAAAUUCAGUAUUGACAUUUACACAGCAGGAUAUUAAUGAUGGGAUCAUUCACUAUGUGCAGUCUGAGCCUGGUCAGCUGCAAGAUAACUUUACAAUGGACGUAACCAAUGGCAUCCGGAAAAUAACUGGCAUUACUGUAUCUGUGGAUAUCAUUCCUCUAUUGAUCCCUCUUGUAACUCAGAACAUCACUGUGAAGGAAGGAGCAUCCAAAGCUCUGACAGAGGAGCAGUUGACUAUCCCCAAUAAGCAUUUUGCUGGACUCCACUUUGAGUUUGAGAUUAUUGAUCUGCCUAAAAAUGGCUACAUCGAAAACACUCGAUAUCCCAGAAUAAAAUUAAGUAGAUUUACAAGAAAACAGGUGGAGCAAGAACUGAUCUAUUAUGUCCAUGAUGACAGCGAGACACUGAACGAUAACUUCACUAUCAUUGUCAACAAUACUGACCUUUCCAAGCACAGCCUGCCAUCUACUAUCUUUGUAACUGUCUCUCCAAUCAAUGACGAGUUUCCAGUGAUAACUGCUAACAACAUAUUUAGGGUGUGGGUCGGCUCUGUUACAGAAGUGACUUGUGAGGAUCUCUGUGCUACAGAUAAGGACACGUCUCCAUCAGAGCUUGUGUUCUCCAUCACCCCUCCUAACAAUGGUCACCUGGCACUCAAGUCUCAUCCAAGCAAAAGUAUCCUUAAUUUCACUCAGCAGCACAUAAAUGAAGGACAUCUGGUAUUUGUACAUAGUGGGUCCAUGUCGGGAGGAUUUAAUUUUCAGGUUACCGAUGGCCUGAAUUUUGCUCCAAGACAAAUUUUCAGCAUUACUGCAAGAACUUUGGUAAUAAACCUGGAAGCUAAUAAAGUACUGGACGUUUUUCCAGGAACACGCAGGGCAAUUACUUCAGACCUACUGAAAGCUGUAACCAACGAUGAGAGCAAUAUGAAUAACAGGACGGUAACGUUUACUGUUGUUGUUCCACCAAAGCAUGGGCGUCUCUUGAUGUCCGGAUUACAAAAUGCAACAGAGGAGGUUUCCAGUUUUACACAGCUAAUGGUAGAAGAAGGAGUAAUAUUUUAUGACCAUACAGAUAAUGAGGCUCUCCUUUGGAACACACAAGAUUCCUUUAAGUUUACAGCUUCCUCGGCUCCUGCUUUCCUGGAAUCCAGUGUAUUUCUCGUUACAAUAUCAUAUGAAAUCAAUGACCCAGCCAGGCAGAGCCGUCUCAAAGCCAAUACAGGAGCCUCUGUGGAUGAGGGGGGGAAGGUUCUAAUUGAUAAAUCCAAAUUGGAUGGAUCCAAUCUAUUACUAAAACUUCCAGAAACCCAGAGAGGCUCUUAUGAAGUUUGGUAUCAAGUGACCUCUUUGCCCGAGCAUGGCAUGAUUAUCGUUGGAGAUCGAAACAUCACUAAAGACAAGCCCAAUUUUUCUCAAUACAUUGUGAAUAAGUUUGGGAUUACGUAUAUGCACGACGGCUCAGAGUCACUGGCUGACGGGUUUAUUUUUGCUGCAUGGCUGAAUUUGAAGAGCAAAUCUGCAGUUAAACCAGACACUGAUGUAUUAGAAGAGAUGUUUAACCUCACUGUCAUUGGUGUGAAUGACCAAGCUCCCGAACUAAAGACAAAGAGACCUUAUUUGAAAGUACUGCAAGGGCAAAUGAUGGCUAUAGGUGCUGACAAUUUGAAUGUUGAAGAUCUGGACAAUCCUCCAGAAGACAUAAAAUACACGAUAAUAAGUACUCCCAACAAUGGUUUCUUAGCCAACCAAGAAAACCUAAAUGCAUCCGUUGAUCAUUUUACGCAAGCAGAUAUCAACAAUGGCCGUGUUUGGUUUGUACAAGAUGGAAGCCCUUCCUCUGGAGUUUUCUAUUUCAGCGUGACGGAUGGGAAGCACAAACCAUUAUAUAAACUCUUUAAUAUUGAAGUGACCGCAGUCUCUAUCACCUUAGUGAAUCACACGAAUCUGGUUCUUUCUCAGUCGGAGACUUUUCUACCCAUUACUAAUAUGCACUUAGCUGCUACCACUGAUGGAAGGAGCAAAGAGAUACUUUAUGAGGUUGUACAGAUGGCUAGCUUUGGUCAACUAAUGAUUGAUGACACACCGGUCACCAAAUUUGGCCAGACAGAUUUAAAUCUAGGUAAAGUAAAAUACCAGGUGAGAAAUCUAACUGAAUCUCAGGACAGCUUUGAGUUGAUGGCAACAACUGCUGAAAGUAAUCUUACGGGACUGGUAUUAAAUGUAACCGUAAAGCCUCUUGUGCAUGUCAUAUCCGGCCUGAAAAUCCCUACAGAAACACUUUACACAAUGCAAAUUAAAGAUCUUGAUGCAUCUGAGCUGGGCAAUAUGACUGGCAGUGAUCCAGAAUUCCAUGUGAUAGAUGAACCAAGGUAUGGAAGGCUUACGCGGAGGAAAACGCUCCAAGGCGAUGCCUAUGAAGACAUAACUAUGUUUACUCAGGCAGAAAUCGAAACAGGCCGGGUACUUUUGGAAGUUAGCGCCAACCUGACAUACACUGAAAUGCAAAAUGACUCCUUUAGUUUCCUUCUUAGAGCAAAUAACGUGCCACCUGCUGUAGGAGCCUUUUCAUAUUCUGUGGUGCCAAAUGAUCCACUACUUUUUCAGGCUGUGACUUCUGAUGAGUAUCUUUUGUCAAGCACUACACUUUCCCCUUACACCAGUGCUGUCUAUGAGAACAGGACCCAAAAUGACUGGCUAAACACCAGUACAGAGGUUCCCAAGACAAAGAGUGUGCCAAAAUGGGGUAACCGAAACCGGUGGGGAAACCAUAACAAUGAAGAUCUUAUUUCUGAAGCAACCACUAGCUCUUUCAGGGCAGCCACUGUUGGAGCAAAUCCUGUAAGCCCUAAAGCAGAGGCAAGUCAGAACGGCAGUUCACUCUCUGUUAUUAUCCCACUUGUCAUCCUUGUCCUCAUAUUAGCUGCCAUUUUGGUUGUCUGGUUUCUUCUUAUGAAACGUAAGGCUAAAAAGGCUCCAAAACCUGUGAAAUCCCACUCUUACUGUGCAGUGCCUCAGGUCCCAUCUCCCUACAUGGAGAGAAGUGCGACCAUACCAACUGUCACAGUAACACCUCUACAGAAAGGUAACGAGUAUGUUUCUGUGAGCCCAUUGCUUCCAGGAAGACAAGCCCAUACCUACACCAGCAGCUCAACUUCAUUGAGAGAAAACCUUCCGCAAAAUUCCUGGUUGCAUAUGGAUCCGGAAAUGGUUCAACACUGUCGGACAACAAAUCCUACACUGAAGAACAAUCAGUAUUGGGUGUAGCACAAAGGCCACCUUAAAGGAAACUAGAGCUAAAAUACCUGCUGCGUCCUGAUAUGUUUGUGUUGUUUGCUAAGUUAUAUUUGUAUAUUGUACUAGGGAUGCACCAAAUCCAUAAUUCAGUUUAGUAUUCAACCAAACCUAGCACUUCUUCCAGGAUUCAGAAGGAUCCUUCAUGUUCAGCUAAAAGGAACUAAACCCUAAGGGGCUGAUUUAUCAACAUUUGAAUUCACAUUUUUUCCAUGAUUUAAGGUUUUAAUUUAUGCACCAUAAACUAAAAAAAAAACAUGAACGUUAAAAUUCGGCAUCUAAAAGCUGCCAAGUUCAUGUAGUAGUCAACAGUCAACUGGAGUUGUCCUAGGCAAAAUUUAAGUGAUCAUUUUUCAAUUUAACUUCUUCAAAUUUCCUUGUAGGCCCGUUGAAAAUAAUAAUGCUCUUAGGGCCCUUCGAAAACCCCUGCCCUCCAGCCAAAAACAAAUGCUCAAAAUGUGACCAUCCCCUCUCCUAAUAAUAAUGACUGCAAAGCACCCUACUGGCGGCUCAAAGAAAGGUGACAGGCAGACCUCUGUGCUAAAAUGUUUGCUUUUCCGAUUUUGGUGCCUAGAGCUGCAUCUCACUGCUCAAAGGGCAUCAAUUAAAGGGAUUAGGUGGGUGCAACUAGAAUAAGCAUGUAUGCGAUGCGAGACUUGGGUACCCCAUACUGCCUGUGUGUCAACAUCUUUAUGUAUACAGCAGUUGACAGCAAUCCAAGGAAACCCAGAUCAAAUAGGUAAAGCAAUGUGAAUGUUUAUUUUAUCCAACGUUUCAGUUCCACACAGGAACCUUCGUCAGGGUGAACUAAACCAUGGUGGAAGAACUAAACUUUGCAGCUCAGCAGUUUGAACAAUG